UGAUCUUUUCCGCACAAACCAAAAAGCAAACUCCAAAACAGCGAUCGCCGUCGUCGGCGAUCCCAAUCGGAGAAGUAUGGACCACAAUCCGAACAGAGCCGAAGCCGAGCGGUUACUCGGAAUAGCCGAGAAGCUCCUACAGAACCGAGAUCUGAGCAGCUCGCGCGACUUCGCCAUUCUGGCGCAAGAAACAGAGCCGCUAUUGGACGGCUCCGAUCAGAUCUUAGCCGUCGUCGACGUCCUCCUAGCCGCCGAUAAGCGCGUAAACAACCACCACGACUGGUACUCCAUUCUCCUGGUGGAUCGCCGAUCCGACGACCACGAUCUGAUCAAGAGAUCUUACCGACGGCUGGCGUUGCUCCUCCACCCGGACAAGAACAAAUACGCCUUCGCCGAGCACGCCUUCAAGCUCGUCGCCGAUGCAUGGGCCGUUCUCUCCGACCCGGCCAAGAAGCCCGUCUUCGACACCGAGCUGGGCCUCUACAGCCCAGUCGAUCUCACCGCCGCCGCUGCAGCAGCAGCAGCCUCCAAUCCGAUCAAGCUUCCGGUGCGGCGGGGGCAGAAUGCUCGAAACGACGGCGUUUCGGACGAGCAGCAGCAGCAAAAUCAACAGAGGUCGAGAUUAUCGAGCUUCUGGACGGCGUGUCCUUACUGUUAUAUACUGUAUGAGUACCCUAGGGUUUAUGAGAAUUGCUGUUUGAGGUGUCAGAAUUGUAAGAGAGGGUUUGAAGCUGUUUUGGUCCCGAAUUUGCCGCCAAUGGUGCAAGGCCAGGAUGCCUAUUACUGUUGCUGGGGCUUCUUCCCCAUGGGGUUUGUUGGUGGCAGCUCAGCAAAUGGAGGAAAGGGCAAGGCGGCUGCCGCCACGCCGGCCUUCCCCACUUGGAUGCCACCAAUUUUCACAACGCCGCCACCGCAGAAUAAAGCCCCUGAGACUUCCAGGGCACCCCCUGUGACUGUGCUGCCGCCUCCUGCCCCGGUGCCGGUGGCGGCAAUGGGUGAUGGAAUGUUGAAUUUUUCAGGUGGGAACUCGAAUUCGGGGACAGGGACUAAUCCAAAGAAGAGGGGACGGCCGCGGAAGUUUACUUAGUUUGGGAGGUUUAGAUUAGAAGACCCACAUUUGUAACCGUAUGCAUUUGAUUUGGGUGUUAGGGCGGGGAGAGAGACAAAUUUUGCUGAGGGGUUUGGAGCUGCUCAGUGUGAAAAUUCGGAAGGUACUCUCUUCUUCCUUUUGGUUGUGUUUGUUUUAGAAUGUAAUUGCGGUUUGUAGAUGUUUCCAAGUUAUUAAACUGACGGCAUCUUGUAGCCAAAAUGUUAAUUCGUUGAGCUUUUGAACCAGUUUGGCUUUUUCUAUCUUCA